AUGCAGCUGGGAACUUUCGGCCUGAGAGCGUACAUGGGAUAUAUAUGGUGGGGUGAGCUGUUGCAAGACCCAGGGCAGCUCCUUGCUGCAGACAGGCUGCAAGGGAACCAGCUGCUUCGGCAGACCUCAUAUCACCCUCCAAACCCGAUUCGAUCUUCCUAUACGCAGUCUGCAGAACAUCAUCCCCGAUCUGCCGCGUCUCCCUCUCUGAAGGCGUCAAUACUUCGAAUCCGGACAGUUUGGCUCAUGCCUUGUCGUACUGCUCCUGUAGUUGAGAACAGUGCGCUGUUCAGCCUCAGCGUAAGAGGCAAGAGUGUUAUCCGCUCGGAUCUGAUUGAAGGCUUUGAGAGCCUGCAAGCACUCCUGCGAGAGAAGAGCGCGAUCCUGAGCGCGACUCUGAGCAUAACUGCAGCUGUAGCCACGACGUAUCCUUCUCACAGCAUCCUGCUAUCCGCGGAAGAUAUCCCAUCUGCCAACCUGCUUUGUAAAAACGAUUGGGCAAUCCCAGUCUGA